CGACAACCUGAACCUGCGAUAGACGCGUCGUAGCAGACCAGACAAUCCUAGAGGACGAGAGCAAUACAAUACAAAGCGAAGUAACUCUUUGACUGUCAAGUAGUCAUUUACUGACAAAUGUCUCGGGCAUCGAAAGCGGUUUUGGAAGCAUUAGGUUUUCAAACGAAUUCGUACGUCUCGACAGGGCGGGCGGAUCUUCAAGAAAGAAGAAACAGUGAACAAUUAACGGUUUCAUAUUUAGAAAGAAAAUGGAACCAGUCAGCAAGCGAAGGGAACCUCCCCGGAAUUGUUGCAUUAUUGGAACAGGAUCCAAACCUUGUAACAACACAGACUGCUCUUCAUUGGGCUGCCAAAAAAGGGAGAAAGGAUAUCGCCGAACUUCUCAUAAAUACAGGAAUGGAUGUAAAUAUGAAAUCGGUAGGAAUUAAAUUUGGAUACACUGCGUUACAUCUCGCCGUGAUCCAAGGCCGAGAAAACGUCAUUGCUUCUCUGUUUGACAGCGGAGCGGAUGUUGACGUGCGCGAUAACAGUGGUCGGAAACCCAAGCACUACGUUAAAGAGACUACAUCGCUCUGGAUACAAAAAAAACUUGGAAAGACAUUGGCACCGUCAGUUUUGGUAUCAUCUGGCGAACCCCUGAACAAAGGACUUCAAAAUAUCGGCUCCAUAUUCUUACAGAUGAAAGUACUAAGCAAUUCACUUGGAACAGGUCUGGACAAACUGGACGAGGAACCGGGAACAUUAUCUCCCCCAACACCACGAAAGAAAGCGGCAAGAUCGGCGUCCUUUGUCAAGAUCUGCAGAAACGUUACUGGCAAAUUUAAGGACAAAAAGGCAUCUAAACUGGAAAUCCCUGAAGAUGUUGAAGACGUCACAGGCUAUCACAGGACAGGAAGAGCAAGAUCCGCUCCAGAUAUCAAUCACAUUACAGAAUGGAGUCCGCGUAUUAUACAAGUGAUGCCUUAGCAAGUGAUAUACCAGAAGCUUGGCUUUCACGAUGGUGUUUUUCCGGUGUGUGUAACAUGACAUCGCUGACCCAUAUAACCUAAGCACGAUAAUAUAGCCUUCAUAGACCCUCUUUUUGAUACGCCAUCAGUAGGUAGUUUUCAUAGUCUGCAGGCAGGCCCUAUUAUUCUUCGUACUACAAGACAAGUGUUUGUCCUUCCCCGGGGGGAUUUAAGACGAAGUUUGCCAGGGGUCUGGCGCUCACCAUCAGUACCAGACCCCUAAGCAGACUUCUCGUCGACUUGCGUUCUUCAUGGCCUCCCUAGUAAUGUUUCGAUUAGCACUCUCCUUCUUAUAAGUGCCCUUCUUGAAUCGGUUUUUGUUCAUGAUAAUAAGCGCCCCUAAUGAGUAUGCAUCCUCAUUCCAACAAGUGCCCCUAUAUCAAUAAGCGCCCCUAUUCCAAUAAACGCCCUUAUUUUUGUUUCAGAAAUAGGACUGAAAAAGUACAUGAACAUGAAGAUCAACCGUGGUCUAUCUUACUUUAGUUGCUCACUUUAGGCCACACGACAAUAUGGUGGUCAUCGUCUCAGUCUCUCUAGUAUUAUGUCGCCAUAAGUGCACAAAUCCUUUAAACGAAAGAUCUCGUCUCAAAGCUUUCUUUCGCACAUUCUUCUGUUUCUCAAAAUAAAAAUAAGCGCCCGUUUCGAAUAAGCGUCAUCCCUUGAGGUACCAAAAUUAAAUAGGUUCCCAGGGUGCUAAAUCGAAUCAUCACGAUACUUUCACGAGGGCGGAGGAACCCUUGUGCCGAAGGAGCCCUCGAGAUGAAGGAAACCUCGUGCCGAAGGAGCCUUCGUUCUGAAGCAAACCUUGUAACAAAGGAACCCUCGUGCCGAAGCGCUAAUAACAAAGGCCUGCUCCAAAGCUACAGUUUUCCUGAUUCCUUUAUCUGAUUGUGUCUUCCCCCUGAAACAACUGUAAGGCAAAUUUUCCUCUCCACUCUGUCAACAAUAAUUGACAGGUGUUCAUUUUAUUAAAAAAGAUUAAGACUACAAAAAAAACAUCACAUCUGUACAAAAGGUGCAAUAAAUAUUACCAACUACGAAUCUAACGGAUCUUGUUGACAUCGAAUCAAUAAUUCACAAGACAAAAAAUGAAGAAAGAAGCCCUGGCGAUAAAAGAA